AUGCCAGGGGGAAGUUGGCCUCCUAUGAUGGGGCCAUCCAGUUUCUACGACUUCUUGGGCAUACGCGAGACGGGAACUUUGAUUGAGAUCAAACAAGCGUACAAGCAGCUGGCCCGGAAGUACCAUCCAGAUGUAUCCCCGCCGGGUCGGUCCGAAGAGCAUACUCGACGGUUCAUUCGUAUACAGGAAGCCUACGAAACGCUGUCGGAUCCUGAAAAGAGAGCGCUGUACGAUUUAGACAUGGCUAAGGGACUUCACCUUGCAUUCUCUGCCACGAGGCAUUCGAAAUUCGACGAGCAAAUUGAAGAGAAGUGUGAAUGGAAGAGGCGAUGGCAAUCUCAACUAUCAGGGCUAGAGAGAAGAAGUAUGUACAAGGAAUCCACUAAUAAUGUCAUGGGCGGACAAUUGCAGAGACAAAGGAUUGAAUCAUCUUAA